GGCAUUGUGGCGUAACAAUGGUCAGAAUUCUGGCAGAUCAUGGAGGGGCCAUGAACAGACAGCGGAAAAGAAGCAGUGAGGCGACAACAUGAGGUCACUGGGACUGCACUGUGACUCUCUUGAUAACCGACUGACGAAGCCUGCCUGGGUGCUGCUCUGCUGCAUAGGAACCUUGCUGGCCACCUGCGGUCCAUCCUUUGCUGCACCUACAACAAACAGGGCACCUACAGCAAACAUGACAAAAAUUAUACUUGAACACUUGAAACUUGAAUCUAAGGAACUGUAUGAAGACUACAAGAAAAACAGCUCGGGCGAGGUGCCGAUAGACCAGUCCCUCCAGCUGCCCUGCUUCACCCUGGGCUGCCACGCGUCAGCCAGCAUCUCCAUCAUCCAGGCCUAUCUGGAGGAGGUCAGAAGGCUGAGCGAGAACAGAAUAGACACCUCCAAAGUCAUAAAACGACUCCGUGAUAUCACGUGCUCCGACAUCAGCUGUUCCAAUCCAACGAAACCGAGCAUCUCUGGGCCUGAGAAAUUCUAUGAGCGUAAAAGCUUCAAACUGACUGUUUUGAAACAGUUCUCAGACUGCAUGGAAAAACUGAAGCCGAAGGACAGGAUAUGCUGAGUGAGGGGGCGGAGCUCUAGCGGAGAGUCCAUGUCGGAGGGCUGAACUUGUACCACAGACUUAACUCGAAAGAGGCUGUGCCGUUGUGACAAGCCUUGUUAUUUAUGAUAUUUUUAUUCUGUCCACGGAACCCUUAUUCUUCUGCCCUUGCCGGGGCUGGAAGUGGCAGCUAUAUUUAUUUAUUGGUAUUUAUGUGCUGAGGUGUUCAUGCUCCGAGGAGGAGCCCUCAGGGUCUAUUUAAUAAAUUAUUUUGACAUGA